AUGAAGAAUUUGACAGCACUUUAUAUGUCAGGUAAGACUUAUCGUCUCUCUCUCUCUCUCUCUCUCUCUUUACUUGUAUGCUUGCCACCAACCGUUAUACAUGAUAUUGCCCAGACAUGGUUCCUUGGAGAGACGAUGUGUAAGAUCAUUACAUAUUUACAGUGUGUCAGUGUGCUAGUAUCUGUGGUGACCUUGACCGCUAUAUCAGUUGAGCGAUACUUAGCUAUCUGCCGACCAUUGUCAUUCCGAGGCUCCAGGUUCCGAACAGCCCUUGCUGUACUGAUAAUAUGGAUACUUUCUCUAGUGUCUUCGUGUCCAUAUCUAGUGUUUAUGACAUCAAUUCAUGAUGAUUUAGUUCCUUCAUCGAUUGUAUUGCUAACAAGUUGUGUAUCAUCCGAUUUCAACCAAGAAUACAUAUUCCAGAUAUUUUUGAUGCUAAUAUUUUUCCUGAUUCCAUUCCUCAUAAUGACAUAUACAUACAUUCGGAUCGCUUUGUGUUUAUGGAGAAGCAGUACAUCAGGUUCGGUUGCUUUAGAUAGUAGAUCUGAAGCAGCAACGAUACAAUCCAGAGCAAGAAGACGAACUGCCCGGAUGUUGAUAGUUGUAGUUAUUGUGUUUUUUAUUUGCUAUAUUCCGGUUUAUUUGAGUAAUAUAUUCAGAUAUGCGGGUUUGACAAAUACAACCAAUCAAGAUGUCCUUGCUUUAACAACUUUAACGUCUCAUCUUCUUUGCUAUUUCAAUAGUGCCAUCAAUCCUGUUAUUUAUAAUUUUAUGAGUGAAAAGUUCAAGAAAGAAUUUCGUGUGGCUUGUAAACUUUGUGGCUUAGCACCAACACGUGGAAGACACGGAACAUUAUCAGCUAAUGUCAAAAUGGACACUGUAACAGAGAAACUGUGCACUGAUCGGUCUAUAAAGAGAUGCCCUUAUCAGAAUUCAAAUGAAGCAUCAGAAGACUCCAAGUUUCUCCAUUAAAUGGAAGGAUCAAUUGAAAUAUCUUGUCAGCUAUCACGGCUUCACAAACAUGUUAUUUUGUAACAGAUAUGCUUUCUGAAAAUAUCACAUUUAAUUUAUCUAUUUAUUUUUGUGAUGUUUAAUGUCUUAUGACUGUUAAAUAAAU